GCCAAUUCCAUCCAACCUAGCUAGCUAGUCAUGGAGAUGGAUCCACCACCCAAAAUGCUUGCCUCUCUCACAAUAACCAUACUGAUGAUGAUGAUGGCCACCUCCGUCGCACUUGCGUCGUCGGAUGCAGCGGUGCUCGAAGGACAAGCAAGAGCGCUCCUCGACUGGAAAGCCAGCCUCGACAACCAAAGCCAAAGAGCACUGCACUCUUGGGGCAACACGUCGACGCCCUGCAAUUGGCGUGGCAUCACCUGCGGUACCGGAAGGCAAAGCCAGUACUGUGGCGCCCAAGGAAGCAGCGGCCCAGUCACCCUUGCCACCUGGGAGACAUGAAGGAGAGCAGGCGCUACUUAUCAGAGAGCCUGAAGCGUACGUAGUGUGGUGGGUCUUGUGUGUUGGUUUUAUUGAGACUAGUGUACCUCUCUUCUCCUCACCUUC